AUGUCUUCCCAACGUGCGAAUGGAAAGGUAUGCACUCUGACUCUUGAUUGCUUCUGGUUUUCAUUUACCUCGAGCACAAGCAAGGAAAAGCUUGAAUACUGACUGAAUAGGCUCAACAGCGCAGUGGCAAACUUCAAGAACUUAAGGAUCGUCGUGAGCAGGCUGAGAAGAAGAGGGUACGCGAUGUAAGAGCUUCUUCAUUUGACUUGGAAUCACAGUACUAUGUUUAGAUACUAAUUAUCAUCUGCAGUUGGCCAGUAAACCUGCUAUAAAACCUGCCACAUCCAUUGCGGAAAAGCCUGGAAAUCAAUCUCUUAACCCAGUAUGUCCUGCCAGAUCAUCUUCAUUAUAUGUGACUAGUUAUGUCGUACUGAUAAUAGUAUCCAGAGUCCUGCCAAGCCCAUUUCUUUGAGCUCACUCCCUCGUAUCCGUAAGGUUAAGGGAACUUCAAAAGCCGAGAAGAAAGCCCAAGAAGAAGCUGUUGCCGCCGCUAAGAAGAAACGCGAGAUGGCAGAGAAGGAAGAGGGAGAAAUUUACAGCGAUGACGAUGAGGGAAUGUUGACUGGUCACAUUAACGAUAACAGCCAAACUCAAAGAGAUACGCCAAGCAAUGUAGGUUGAAUUCCCAUCUCAAGCUCCUGUUUCUACUUUGCCGCAUUAAUUAGAAUGUAGACAUAUACCAUAAAAUAAUUUUUAACCAGAUUGACAUGCUGACUAUUCUGACUAGAAGACUACUAAGGCUAAGCCAGCUGCCCGUACCACUCGCUGUCUGCCAUACAAAACCAAAAACCAAAUGGUACGUAUUCGCUCUUCAUACUUGCUUUGACUCCACAGUGGAAGCAAAUACUUGAUGAAAUAAGAUGCUGAUAUCAUUUGCUAGGAAUCUGGAAACAACAACAACAAUGGGGCCAGAGAUGUCAAAAAGUCACAACCUGAAGCCCUAAAACCCAGUAAAACACUUCAAAAUUUGCAAAAGCCAAAGGUAUGCCGUGCAAUAUAGCCGAUUAUUAGUGUUUUCUUUAACAAUAAAAUAACAUACUAACCACUUAUCCAGGAGCCUGGUGUGAAGACAUCUUCAGCUAAGCACAGGUUGUUCGACUCCGAUGGUAGUUCUAGCUCAGAAGAGGAGAUCUACAAGCCUAUUAAAAAGCAAAAUACAACAAAGGCUGGAAUGGACUUUGAAAAUCCUCCUAUAAAGCGUAAGCAUGUCGAGGGGAAGAAAGAAGCACCACCUGUUCCUGUAAAGAAACAAAAGAUCACCGAAGAAGUCAAAAAGAGUGUCAAAAAGCCUGUCACUGUAAGUCAAUCCACAUCCUUCUCUAGUGUUUUUCUAGAAUCAUAGGUCGUAACUUACUAACAUAUGAAACAGGCUCCUGUAAAACGCACGCCUGUCGUCAAGGAGACAAAGUACCGUAUGGAUACUAGUAAAAAUCUGUUUCAAUUCGGUGUUCCCCAACAUUCCAAGAAGCUAGCACCAAAGAAAGGUUCUAUGCAGCUUGGAGAUGUUUCUGAGAAGUUGAAGGAUCUUGGUAAGAGAGAUAAAAAGACGGUAGGGAACCUUUAUAUAAUCACACAUAUCAAGAUAAGACUAAUGAUUCAACAGACUCCUUCAUCUAAUCCAUCAACAGGGGUAUCAUCUGAAAUCCAAUCUCUUUCAGCAGCCUCAACCGCUAAGAGUGACAAGAUUGCAACCGCACCACAAUCUGCAUCUGUCAAGAAAGUUCAAGGAACUGAAGGCAUCAUGAAAGAGGAAUUGAAGCAAGAGAAACUGCAGGUUCCUAAGCAGCCAAAUUCCGUGGUCGAAGUAACUCAAUCUCUUGCGGUAGAGCUGGAUCCAGAGCAAGACGCAUUGUUGGAGAAAGACAUGGAUGAGUAUAUGGCUAAUCUUGAUCCCAAGGUUGCUGCUGCAGUCAAGGCACAACAGCAGCAAGUAAAUCGCCGAUUUUCCAGAGAAUCUAAAAAACAAGCUGUGAAAUCGGAUAAGAAAUCAGUUGAGAAUAGUGGCUUCGAAAUAUUUGGAGAUGCCCAAGAAACUAUCAUACUCCAACCUUCUCCAAGCUCGAUGGAAGAUUCAGGCUUUGAGGAGCUGGAGAUGGACCUUGAGCAGGCUUUUGAGGCCGACAAACAAUUACAGUUAGCUAUCAAAGCUUCGUUUGCUUUCCAAAAUAGCAACGUUCCAUCAUCAAAUCAGCAGUCAGUCGAUCCCACCGAUGAGUCUUCAACCAAAGACGGCUCUACCGAAAAGGAGGAUCUAGCAGCACAGCAGGAAGAUUUGGACAUAACCAGCCCUUCUACAAGCACUACCGCAAGUACCAUUACCAAUACUACUGCCGCAACCAGCGCUUCAUCUUUAUCCGGUCAAGAUACCACAUCUCUACUAGUUAUAAAGACUAUUGGUGGGCUUAUACCAGAUUAUGGGUUUGCUAGAGACAGAGGCUAUGAACCCGACAUGGCUGAUGAAGAUGGGGAUGCUGAUUUCAUCACAGCUAAACAUGCAACACCAAAUCCAUCUCCAGCUCUUCCUCCUCAUUUAGAAGGUGGCAGUCUUGAGGAACAGGAAUUAGGGUUAAAACUAGAAUUGGAACUGGAACGGCAAUUGGAACAGGAGUUGGAGCUUGGAACUCGAGCAGCAGAGGCGACUGCUCAAGAAGAAAAUAUGGCACAAGCCCCAUCAUCAUCCGAUACUUCUCCCUCCUUGGACGCAAUUGCAACGCAACAGAAAAUUUUACCUGUUCAAACUCCUGAACAGGACCACUCAAACGAAGGUCUUUUGGAAAAUAUCUCCAAGCCCUGUGAGGACUCCACUGGGUCUACCAAUGAUGGUUUUGACAACCAUUCUGAAUAUGAAAUGAAGGACAAUGGGGCGUCCUCGAUGGAAACUUCAUUUGAGGAAUUGAUAGACUCUGCAGCCUCAGUAGAGCAGCUUUCGCCGCCUUCACCCGUUGAAGAAAACAUUCCCGAACCUUAUGUAACAGCCAAAAAUCAACCUGCAGCUGAAAUUUCUCGCGCUGAAGAAUCUAGAGCGAAUAUUGAACCUUAUGUUGGUCCAGACGGAUUCAUUGGGCUACCUCCGCUCGAUGAUACUACUGACUCUGAUGUGUCCGAUAACGAGGACAUUGAGACGUUUCAAGGUAGUCCACCCGAGGUUAUCAUCCUAGAUGAUACACCAGAAACCAAGGUUUCCGAGGACGAGGAUAUAACGAUGAUGGAUGCAUACGACGAGGAGAUUUACCGGAGACAUAGGGUCCCACCAGAACUCUCCAACGUAGUCGUCGAGGAGGGUUCAAUUGAUUUCGAAAAGCUAAGAGCCGAAACGAUAGCUGCCAGGAAUGAACUCGACAUUUUGCAGGAAGAGGCUCAGUUCGAGAUCGUAGUAUCGUUCGAUCGUGCAGAUCUCCUACGAGACUUGGGUGUCUCUGAGGAGCGCAUCGCCAGUUACAUGGAAGUUAACCGAGGAUACGAGCCGCAUACUGGUCCAUGGCCUGCCGCCAGAGCUAAAAAUGAGAUUGAGAUCGAUAGUAGCGAUGACGAACCCUCAGACGAUGAAGAAUAUUAUGAGGGAGAUGAUAAGGUGAAACAUUUCCAGGGAUUUCAAUACAGGAGAUUUCAAUCUGAGCCGCUCAAUAUCCCCCUCACCGACCCUAAUGCUCAUCCUUUUGGACCCAGCUAA